UCCCCCUGCCUUCGCCAACCCCCGCUCAUCCUCUCCCCAGUCCCGUUUCUGCAGGGCACUUUGGAGAGGCUCCUGCCCCAGCGGGGCAGCACUCAGAGAGGGAAAUCCGUGACUGUGACCGGUAAGAAAUGUCCCACGUCAAGCUGCUCAAAACCAAGACGUGGGUCCCUUAGUAUCCCACACUCGAGGCGCGAUGCAGCUAACACAGGUGUGUGACACACUGUUUCUAUGCAGGGGACCUACACAUCCUGCCCCACAGCGGGGUAUUGGAGCGGGACGUAUUUUGCAUCCUACCAGCUGCGCUGCCAAUGACAACACACGCCCCCGUGCAGUGUUUUAUCAGGACUCUGUACGGGGGGCGCUCACCCUUUCCAUCAGUGCAACGCGAAAUUUGGCUGCAACACCAGGGCAGAGUGUGGCCUGCCCCGCUCCUUGCACUGCAGAAUUAAGCUCCCAGGAGAGCUGUGAACAACCCGAGCCCGGCUUGCCAGUGCGGCAUACUUGGGGUGCUCCACUCCCCCCUCCGGGGAGGGAGGGACAGUUUACGUCAAGCGGAAACAAAGGGUGGGGCAGGAGGAAGCGAUAUUAUCUCGUGCGUACAGGCGUUUCCCUGCCGCUCUGAGGAGCUGGCAUUCAAGGCUGUUGUAGCUGCUUCUACCAAGGUGGAAGAAGCAACCCGGACUUCUCUGUUUUGCAGUCGGCUGAUCGCUGCUGUUGAGCACAUGACAGGAAAGCACAGAGGGUGCGGGAAGAAAGGGUAGAGCAAGUGAAGCAGAGCAGCCAAUGUGGCGGGGAAAGCAGCCAGACAGCAGGAGGUUUUAAAAAGAAUGCCACGGAAGAAACCAGGAAGUAAAGGGGCUCCUGAGACAUGAAGCAGGGCAGCACGGGGCACUGAGCAGGGACCCAGAAUGGAAUGCCUUUGCUCACCCCCCUCUUCCCACAAGACCUAUGGAGAGAGCUGCACUGUGGGAUAGCUGCCCUACAGCGCUGCUCUCAUUGGCGAUGGAAAUGCUGGUAGUGUAAACACUCUCUGACACCUGAGGAAUUGAAUGGGUUUCUGCUCCAUGUAACAGCACAGGCUCAGUAGCUUUAACAUAGAUCAACACGUGGACGAGAACCUUCAGACUCCCUCCAAAUAUUUUAAAUUAGAGAAGAAGAAAUGAAUCUUGCAAACGAGAGUGGAACAUCCAGAGACAUAUAUGACUGGAACUAUGUUCUGUGGGCAGUUCGUUUGAAGUUACUAGCAGCUGGUUUUUUUAUCUACCUGGGAGUAUUUCUUCUAGCUCACUGGUUGUCGUCAUGGAUCAGCGCCAGUUAUCGCACUUUGUCAGGAAUGGAGAAGGCCAUCUGGAAUACGUUUAUGACCCGUAGCCUGUUUGCAGUUCAGAGUUGUGGAGCUGGCUUGUGGGCUUUGUUCAUAGAUCCAGUUUUUCAAGCUGACCAAGUGUAUUCACAGCAAAAGUGGAGCUGGUUUCAUUGCUUAAUAGCCGCCGGCUACUUUUUAUUUGACAAUAUAGUUCUUCAUGUGUCUAAUAUUGUUUUCAGGGAUUUUGAUAUGGUCUCAGUGCUUCAUCAUUUAUUUGCAUUUGGUGGGAUUCUUGUUGUGAUAACAAACAUAACGUCUGGACACUAUCUAAUCCUGGUGGGACUGCUACUUGAGAUGAGUUCUCCUUCAACCUGCCUCUCCCAUGUGCUUUUAAAGACUGGCUAUGCUAACACCUUUUUAUGGAAGGCAAACCAAUGGGUACUGAUCCACAUGUUUCACUGCCGCAUGGUCCUUUCUUAUCACAUGUUGUGGGUGUGUAUUUCCAAUUGGAAUGAUGUGGUAGACAAUAUGGGACUUCCAUAUUUUAUUGUCUUUUUCAUGGGAUUAAGUAUAUUUACAUUAAUAAUUAAUCCAUACUGGACAUACCAAAUAACUGAGCGCUUCUUCCGUCUAGUUGAUGGCAACUCUUCAAACACAGCAGUGAAAAAUAAAUCUUCUGGUAAAUUAAAUAGUGAAACAUUUCAGAAGAAGAUGAUAUAGUGCUGCAACAGCUGUUGGGGUAACUGGAAAAUAUAUCCGGAAGAAUGUGGCACAGGUUUACUACAAAGUCUAUGAAAAUAGAAGUGCUUACAAGAAGUCUAUGGAUAUAUUGAUCCCCUCACAGAUUGCUUUACUCAUUUAUCAAAAGUGUUUUAAAAUUGUUACUGUCUGUAUUUAAAGCGUGCGCACGCACACACACACAAAAAUAUCUUUGACUCAGUCAGGAUUCAUGCCAGUAAUUUUAGUCUGAGCAUAACAUAGUAAAAUCGCAUUCUGGGGGAAGUGGCAAGUUAGUGAGAGAAACGCAAGGUAUGAAAAAUCUACAGAAGCAUAAUUUCAGUGGCAAGAGGGACUAACUGCCUACCCUCCCCCUCGCAUCCUUCAGCUGCCAUUUCCAAGUCCUCCAGCUGGUGGAAAUUUUGAUAAUAUAACUUUGUCAAAAAAUGGGUCAAGUUAGAGCUUUUGAAUAAUAUCCUUCUCCCAUGAACAUAAUGGUGACAAACCUAAAACAAUUAUGUAUAUAUCUAUUUGAGAAAAUAUUGAAAUAUCAACUUUUUAAAAUUAUACUUUAACAGAGGGAUGCAUUGCUUAGCUGAAAAUUACAUUGAUCUUUGGCAAUCCUAGGGAGUUUAGCCAUGACAUGUAGGACUGAAAACAUUUAUUCAUCAAAGUCAUUAUCUGUGUGAUCUCCGUUUAGGGCGCCACUGCUAGACAUGCUGUCAUAUUGAUCAUCAUCCACAUCACACUCAUACAUCUCUAUUAAGGCAGAUGGCUAGCCAGACAUUUGCAGGGUGGUGUCUUUACAUGAGCUUUUGAUUAGCUGAAGGAGUGCAUGACAUUUUAUGCAUAAUAGGCGUGAUCGUUCCAUCCUCCAAGACCCAUCAGUGCCCGAUAGGCGAAGACAGUUUUGAAUGUGGUCAUUUGUCCCAGAGCCAUUCUGUUGCCUGCUAGUUUGCCCUCUUGAUAGUAGAUAUAAAUGCAUCCCUUGUCAAUGACAAUUAUUCUCUGUCUGCUGCUUGGAAAACAUCCACCAAUAUAGCUCUGUGAGUGUCAUAAUGUUGGUCUUCAGAUGGUAAACUAGGCAUAUGAAUGCCUUUAGUGUGCAUUUAUGACCUCAUCAGUGACUGUCUCAGCAUUCUGAGCACCUUGAGAGCAAGGAGAGAGUCUCCGGAGGCUGAAUGAAAUGUCUUCCUGUAAGAUAAUUUGGUCUUUCCAGCCAACCUUCCAGUACUGUCACAUUCAGAAAAGGUGUGGAAACCUGGCAGGCUGUUGAACUGGCCUGUAAACACCCAUGUCAUUUUUAUUCAGUUCUGAAGAUGUAUUCCAACUGCAUAAGGAAUGUUAACUGAACUGAGCAAUCCCUGGGUCUAGCAUGUAUGGCUGGCCAGUGAUGCAUCAAAAGCCGCUGCUGACACAUUUAGCUGCCAAUAUCAGUUUCUGGCACAUAUGCUACUGUAUCAGAAUCUGCUACUUCACCCCUCGAUUUUGGCCAGUGAUCGUGAAUUAUGAAGAAUUGGGGGUCUCUUUGGCGUAAUUUGCUACCUCUGAUCUUUCAUGCCUGGUCAGGGUAGCUAACUGUGAUGGGGUAGGGUGAUUUGUUACAAUUUGUUGCCUCUCACCUUUCACAUCAUCUGAUUUGGAGUACCUCUGGUACACAUCCUCUGGUCUGUGGGUAGCAAAUUGCAGUGGGGCAUCACCAUCCAUCGCAAUUAGCUACCCCUGGACAAAGGUGAGAGGUAGCAAGCCAUGGUGCGUUUUGAUGUCCUGUUACAAUUUGCUACCAUUUUGAAAUUGCCAUUGUAAACAUAGUCACAAAUAAAGAGGUAUUUUUCAAAAUUUAAAAAUGUUAUUAUUGUAACCAGUAUAUAAACAAGAACUGUUUACUUUCCGUUCCAAAUCUUUUUCAAAAACAAGCAUCAAAAUAGUUAGUUAUUGACACCUUUUUUCUAUAUUCAAAUGAAGAGUAAAAUUAAACUUCUCUAUUACUUGUUUAUAUUCCAGCUGUGUUAUUCCAAAAACCAAAAUAUUUCUCUUUAUAUAAUUGUUUUGUUAACAUCUGUGUAGAACUGAUAAAUGAAAUUGUUUUUAAUUGUUCACUUUAUUAAUGUAACUUCUGUUCA